AUGGCUGCUUCUGCGCUUUUGAAGAGCCGCGUUCGCCGGCCUUCUUACUUGAAUAAGCUUGCUAAAGCUGAAGACUUGAUUGACUUGUUUCCUCAUGGUUCGUACAUCGGCUGGUCCGGUUUCACGGGUGUGGGCUAUCCCAAGAAAGUUCCUAUCGCUCUCGCAGACCACGUAGAGAAGAACAACCUGCAGGGCAAGCUCAAGUACAACCUGUUUGUGGGCGCCUCCUCCGGCGCCGAGACGGAGAACCGCUGGGCGCAGCUGAACAUGAUCGAGCGCCGCAGCCCGCAUCAGGUCGGAAAAGAGAUCGCCAAGGGAAUCAACAAUGGCAACAUCAAGUUCUUCGACAAGCAUCUCAGCAUGUUUCCCUCGGACUUGGUUUAUGGCUACUACACUAUGAACAAGCCGAACAACAAGAUUGACGUCGCGGUUAUCGAGGCUACUGCCAUCACUGAGAAUGGUGGCAUUAUUCCCGGUGCCUCCGUCGGUGCGUCGCCUGAACUUAUUCAGAUGGCCGACAAAGUCAUUAUUGAGGUCAACACUGCCAGUCCCUCGUUCGAGGGUUUGCACGAUAUCGUGUGCUCCGAUCUUCCGCCUGGCCGCAAGCCAUACCUGGUUAUGGCCCCCGAGGACCGUAUCGGAACUUCUUACAUCCCGAUCGAUCCCGAGAAGGUCGUCGCCAUCGUCGAGUCCGACUAUCCGGACCAGACGCAGCCCAACGCCCCCGAGGACGCUACCUCGCAGCAGAUCGCCGCCAACCUGAUUGAAUUCCUCAAGCACGAGGUCAAGCACGGCCGUCUGCCACCGAACCUUCUCCCUAUCCAAUCCGGCAUUGGCAACAUCGCCAACGCCGUCGUCGGCGGUCUCUCCAAGGGCGGCGCAGACUUCACCAAUCUCAAGGUCUGGACUGAGGUCCUGCAGGACUCCUUCCUUGACCUCUUCGACAGCGGCAACCUCGACUUCGCGACCGCAACUUCCAUCCGCUUCUCCCCUGACGGCUUCAAGCGUUUCUACGACAACUGGGAGCGUUACGCCGGCAAGCUCCUCCUCCGCUCCCAGCAAGUGUCCAACUCGCCCGAAAUUAUCCGCCGUCUCGGCUGUAUCGGUAUGAACACUCCCGUCGAAGUCGACAUCUACGCCCACGCGAACAGCACCUGCGUGAUGGGCUCGCGUAUGCUUAACGGACUCGGAGGUUCCGCCGACUUCCUUCGCAACUCCAAACCUAGCAAGACAGACCCCACCGGUGUCAGCUGUAUUGUUCCGUUCGCCACACAUAUCGAUCAGACGGAGCAUGAUCUUGACGUUAUUGUGACGGAGCAGGGUCUUGCAGAUGUGCGUGGUCUGUCGCCACGUGAGCGCGCCCGUGUCAUCAUCAAGAAGUGCUCGCACCCUGACUACUAUCCCAUUCUGACGGAUUAUCUGGACCGUGCCGAGUUCGAGUGUCUGAAGAAGGGUAUGGGUCAUGAGCCGCACAUGCUUUUCCAGGCUUUCAAGAUGCAUCAGAACUUGCAGGAGAAGGGUACUAUGAAGAUUGAUUCUUGGUAG